GACGGUCGACCACUGCCAUCAUUAUCGCACAGACAGAAGUUCGAGGGACUUUGGGGCCGCAUAGCGAACGAAGAUGUCGGCGCAGAAGCUGCUAGAAUACCUAACCCGAGAACAAAUCGACAAGUUUCACAGGGACGGAUAUCUCUGUCUGCCUGGGUUCUUAUCUCACGAGGAAACCGAUGCGCUCCUGGUGCGAUCCAAGGAGCUCCUGGAUUCUUUCAGUCUCGAUGACCACCCGCUCACGAAGUUUAGCACGGGAGACGAUAAUCACGUUGGCGACGACUAUUUCCUGACCUCGGGAGACAAGAUUCGGUACUUUCUCGAGGAAGACGCGGUCGAUAAGGACGGGAAGUUGACAAGGGACAAGAGCAAGGCUGUGAACAAGAUUGGGCACGGCCUCCAUGAACUCGACCCGGUAUUCCGCAGGGUAACGCUCCAGAACGACAAGAUGAAGGCGCUCGUGCGGGAUCUACAGUUCCAUCGCGAUCCCGUGGCACUGCAGUCGAUGGUGAUAACCAAGCAGCCGCAAAUCGGCGGUGAAGUUCCUGAGCACAACGACUCCACGUUCCUCUACACUUCCCCGCCUACCGCCCUCGGCUUCUGGUUGGCACUGGAGAAAUGCACGUCCAAGAAUGGCGCGCUUUCAUUCUUGCCAGGCUCUCACCUAACCGCACCCAUCACGAAACGCUUCGUCCGGCUCCGCACUGGCGGGACUGGGUUUGAACAGCUCGUCUCCCCAGAAGUCGCAGCCACACAGACACCCACGGGCGAGUAUAUCCUCGAGGAGUGCAUGCCAGGCGAUCUGGUCAUCAUCCACGGCGCCGUCUUGCACAAGUCGGAGCGCAACACCAGUCCGGAUACACGCUUUGCGUAUACGUUCCACAUGAUCGACUCGCCGCCAUACGCGCAGUACGAUGAGAAGAAUUGGCUGCAGCCCACCCCGUCUCUGCCGUUUUCGCAUAUCCUGGACGUCCCGAACGCAACGGUCUCGACGGUAGGGGCUUGACGAGUAUCAGUGGUGAAAGAGAGGAAUACACGACGGAGUGUAUGCUCAUAGCAAUGUGUACUCGUACAUCCUUGAGAUCAUUCUUCUAAAUGCGUAAGUUACAUUCACAAUUCGUGUACAUCUUGGUCUUCGGAGCCGUGGGUCAGUUCUCUGCAACGAUUUUGGCUGGGCACUCAAAUUCACGCCAACGUGUCUACCUCGACCCUGGCACUCUGGGAGAUGAUCUCCGGCGUCAGGAGCGCUAGCUCGUCAAUCAGUGCAGGCAAAAAUGUCCCUGGACCCCGCACAUCUUCCCUUCCGGCUGCUCGCUCUGCAGCGAUCGUGAGCGCAAGGACGCCAGCAGCGGACGCGAGCAACAUGUCACCGUUCACUAAGACUCCGAGGCUCUCAUCGUCUGAGCACUCUCUUUCCGCAAGCAUGCUGGCCGCACCACAGAACGUGGCAAUAGCAGUCCCGAGGAUACAACCUGCGCCCGUAAUCUGUCCAAGAAGUGCGUGCCCAUUAGACAAACGGAAUACAGUAGAACCGUCUGAUAUAUAGUCAGUCGGGCCACUGAGGAUGGCGACGCAGCGUUCUUGGCGCGCAAGCAAGCGAACAACGGCUGCCGGGUCUUUGAAUCCUGUUCCCAGACUGUCGACACCUUGUGCCUUGACCUCGUCUGAGUUAACGAGAGCACCAAUUUCGGCAGCAUUGCCCUUUAUGACCAUCACUUGCCACUUGUCCAGCAGCUUAGCGGCACAAGCCCUCCGGUGUUUCGUCGCACCCACACCGACAGGAUCGAACACAACGGGUUUGCGAUUUUGAUUCGCGUGGAAUCCGGCCGCGAGCAUACCAUCUAGAUCCUCGACCGUGCCAAAGUUGAUGAGCAGUCCGCCGGGCACGCGGGCGAGGUCCUCUUGUUCCUCAACCGCUGCUGCCAUUAUUGGCGAGCCGCCCAAAGCCAAAGUGACGUUGGCUGAUUGGUUUUUGACGACAUUGUUCGUGAUCUGAUGUACAAGCGGUUUGAUCUGCCUCACACUUUCCAGUAAGGAUGCAGCUUCUUUCACUACAGACUCUGAUGUAUAGGAACCUUGCGGAGACAACAGCGAGAAACUCGUUGGGCCGCGAGACGCUUUGGCCCAGGAAGAGAAUAGCUGGAGGAGACGUUGGGCGGCAGCUCGUGGAUCUUGCGACGCUACAACAUCGGAGACCACUGCUACGCCAUCCAAAGCAUACCCUGACGCUGUAGCAGAUCCGUGUAGUGUGCGUAUGAUAUUUGUCGAUUUGAUUCCUCCGAUUGCAACGGACUUUGUUUUCGACUCUUCCAGAAUCGUCAGCAUCUCUCCGACACCCUUGAUUCCACACACUCGGCCAGGCGCGGUCACAUCUUUCGUGCUUGUCGCAUAUACCGCGCCCAAUCCGACGUAAUCAGCACCAUCCUUCACGGCCUGACGGGCAUGCUCAGGAGUGGUGCAUGAUAUACCGAUAAUCGAGUUUUUGGGAAGGAGCGCGCGGGCAAUAGAUAUGGGCAUAUCAGUCUGACCAAGGUGGACACCCGCGGCGUUGGAUGCAAGAGCAAUGUCAAUGCGGUCAUUGAUCAGAACAGGGACACCAUAUUUGGCGCAGAGAGAGACCGUCUGCUGGGCAAUCUCAAGGAACUCCCCAGUCUCUGCCUCUUUUUCGCGAACUUGCACGACGGUGACCCCUCCAUCUAGAGCCUCCUCAAGGGAUUCGUGAUAUGACUUUCCUUUUGGAAGGAGGUCUCUGCCAGUAACGAGAUAGAGGGAGUAGUCUAUCUCUGAUUUGUUUGUGAAUGAGUGUGCCAUUAUCGAGUCGGAUUCGGCGGCGCGCCUACAGAUGUC